CUUGUUUGAUCCAUGCAGAUUGGAACAAACCCAUGUUCCCCCUAAUGUUUCUGAGUUUAUGGUUAGAAAACACCAUGUACUGGAAUCCAAUCUAACGCCCAAAAAUGACUUGCCAGAUCCCUUGACGCCUUAUCUUUCGCAACGAACCAUAUCUACAACCCUACUCCGUAGAUCUCACAUGAGGUCAAAGACUCACCUUCGAACAAUGCAUCGGCGACAUCGCAUCAUAUACCUCUAGACAUCGCAAAUCCUUUAUGCAUAUCUCAAUCGACAGCCUCUCUCUCCUCGUCGCCCCCCUUUCUCUGCAUUUCCUCUCGCGACCCUGCCUGAUCCCUACUCGAGUUCUCCUAGGUCAUUCCCGACCAACCAAUCAACCGGGUCUCGAUUCUUGAUCUGGGGCAUUAGCCUCUGGGCACGCAACGUGGGUCUGGGCUGCCACGGCUACGUCGUCAAACACCUCACGUACCUCCACAGAUCAUGGCUCUCGGCGGACAUGGCAGCCAUGUCGUAUCAAACAGACAUUCAGACUCCAACUCUGAGCAACAGAGAAGGCGACAUUCUCGGGACCAUACAAACCAUCGCAGAAACUCCAAUGCCCGUGACCGUGACCGCGAUGACAGUAUCGAUGUCGAGGCUCAAAUUUCCUCCAAUCAGACCGAUGGCCCGCAUCAUGUCCGCAUCGAAGAGAAUACCAUGCACCACAAGAGAAGCGAAGAUGGUCAAUAUGGUGACCUUAAUCACCUUCACCGGAGCGACACCGGUAUAUCCAAGUCAACCAUGAAAAGUCUACGCAGGCGUGCGCGUGCAGAGACCAUAAUAUAUGGAGCCACUGAGAUGGGCCAUACAACAGGCUGGGCCCCGGGACAAGAGCCAGGUAUUGACACCAGCGAACCAGCACCUCCCUACACACCAGGGAACACCACCGCUAGUGACUCGAUGCAUUACGAACAGUUACAUCAGAGAUGUGAAAUCACCGUGGUGGACUACAGUAAUAACUCCAUCGAGACCGUGGAUCUCGACAACGACAAUCUCGAAGAGUUUUUGAAACGGGAGCCCAGCGAUUGGGCUCAAGUGCGAUGGAUCAAUGUCAACGGCCUUUCUUGGGAUGUCAUUAGACUGCUGGGAAACUACAAGGGCCUGCAUAGACUGGCUAUUGAAGACUUGAUGCAUACCAAGAGCCGCACCAAGGCGGAUUGGUAUCAAGACCAUACCUACCUAGUCCUCCCUUUACAGAAGUUGAUCAAUCUUGCAGACCACGACUCCUCAGCCGACGAUGAUGAUGAGUCAAUCUACGGAUCUGAUUCCGGGUCCAACAAUAGCGAUUUGACGAGCAAACGACGUCGCAGCGCCCGUGUUAUUACAGAACGACAGAGAAGAAAACGAGAGCAGAAUCGUAAGGGCGCCGUCGUCUCACUCUGGAAUGAUGUUUGGAAACGGAAUAGGAGGAAAGCUUCACAUAAGGCAAAAGACGUCCAAGGUAAUGGCAUGCUCACGCCCUCAAAUAGCUUCAGAGUUUCCAAAAAGGUGGAUAGCCCUUGGGCUCCGAAGAAAAUUCGGUCCAUGCAGAGAUACCAUUCUGGUCCUAAUCAGGAUCGAAUUGAAUAUAUGGAACGCCACGCAGUCCUCGGCUCCAAAGGCAUCGGCGUAUCUAUGGAACAAGUCUCUAUCUUCCUCUGUGCGGACAAAACCGUAAUAUCCUUCUUCGAAUACUCCGCGCACGACGUACAAGCCCCCAUCAUCCGUCGACUUCACACACCCGGUACAGUUCUACGACAAAGUGAAGACGCCAGUCUUCUAGUACAAGCCAUUCUCGACGCCAUCAUCGAUCUCGCCAUGCCCGUAACAACAGCAUAUCAAGACGCCAUCGGCGACUUGGAACUCGACGUGCUCACCGACCCAGACAUCCACCAAUGCAGCACGUUGUAUAUCCUGACAUCGGAAAUCGCUAUUCUUCGCAACGCCAUCGCCCCCGUCACACAAUUGAUCGGCGCACUCAAAGACCAUAAAUCCGAUCCGACAAACGCAUUCCCUACGUCUUCACGAGUCGUCAGUCCUUCUGUCAAUGAACCAAGAACCGAUCCUCUGUCAUCAUCACUGGCUGCAAAUCUGAAUACCAACCUAUCUCCCUCCUCUACCACCAAUACCCUACACCACGCCCUUUCCCCUCCAUCUUCAUCCGGCCUCCGCAUCUCCCCCUUAACUAGCACCUACCUCGGCGACGUCGAAGACCACGCGUUUUUAAUCCAAGACUCGUAUGAUCAAAUGCGACGCUCCGCCGAUAACCUCUCCGACUUGAUCUUCAACACUGUAUCCGCAUAUCAAAACGAAUCCAUGAAACAAUUAACCAUUGUGACGUGUUUCUUCUUACCAUUGAGUUUUCUAACGGGUUAUUUCGGAAUGAAUUUCGAACGGUUCACAGCUGUACAAUUGCAUAGUGAUGCUUUUUUCUGGAAUAUUGCUAUUCCGGUUAGUGUGGUGGUGUUUUUGUUGCUCAUGAGGGAUGUUAUGGUUAGAGCGGUGGUCAAGUGGGCGAAUAAGUCGUUGAUUAGAAGGGGGAGGAGAAGGAGGUUGGAGAGGAGUAAUGGGAGGAGAAGUAGUAUGAAGGGGAGGGGAGGGGAGGAGUAAUAAUUAAUGAGGAUGAGGACAUAGAUAUAGC